AUGGCCAGCCACGGUGGCAUGCUCUUCGGCAUCAUCCACAUCCUCGCCAACUUCGGCCUCGUCAUCAUGGACACCGGCUUCUUCGUCAAAGCCUUCAGCGCCCGCCCCCAAGCCGUCGUCCCCGGCUACGUCGUCGGCGGCCUCGCCUACUUCGCCAUCCCCUGGUGCCUUGGCACCCUCAUGAGCUCCAUCGCCCUCGGCCUCGAAGACUCCCCAUCUUCCCCACCUACCCCCGCCGCAUGCGCCGCCGCCAUCCUCAUCAUCACCUUCAUGGCCGUCACCUCCACCCUCUCCGCCCAGGUCAUCGCCGUUUCCUCCAUCAUCAGCUUCGACAUCUACCGCCAGUACGUCAACAAGGCCGCCACCGACCGCGACGUCAUCAAGUGGAGCCACGUCGGCGUCGUCUUCUUCGGCCUCUUCUCCGCCUGCUUCUCCACCAUCCUCCACUACGGCAAGGUCGAUCUCGGCUGGACCCUCUACAUGCUCGGCGUCCUCACCUGCCCCGGCAUCUUCCCCACCACCUUUGCCAUCCUCUGGAAGAAGCAGUCCACCGCCGCCGCCGUCGCUGUCCCCUGCACCUGGGGUACCGCCGCGUCGGCCCUUUCCCCCGCCGUCUACUCCAUCAUCAUCUCCCUCGCGAAGCCCGCCAACUUUGACUGGGCCGACUUCUCCAAGGAGAAGCUCACGCUCGAAGAUCCCUCCACCUCAAACAGCGAAAGCAACGACUCGGCUGUGAAUUCCGCCGACGAGGGCCUCUCCACCUACCAGGAGAACAAGGUGCUCCUCAAGCGCUGGGGCCGGAUCGCGUCCAUCUGGUCGCUGGCCACCUUUUUCGGCCACUGGGUCCUUUGGCCUUUGCCCAUGUACGCGUCCAAGUACAUUUUUGAAAAGGGCUUCUACGUCGCCUGGCUCGUUGUAGCCAUCAUCUGGGUGUGGGGUACCAUGUUCAUUACGGGUUUCUACCCCAUCAUUGACGGCAGGGAGCAGAUCUGGAACGUCAUCAAGCUGCUCCGAAACGGUCAACAAAAGACGAUUGAGGGCAGAGAGAGUAGUGUGGAUGGCGAGGAGGGCGUUGUUGUUGAGAAAAAGUCUUAG